AUGCCGUGGCCAGACGGUGCUCCACUAUUGGAUCCAGUCGUCAAAGAAAUUGCAGAAAAUCACAAUAAAACGUCAGCACAAGUCCUGCUACGUUACGUGCUUCAGAAUGGCAGGAUUGCGAUACCCAAAAAAUUUUGCAUCACCGAUCGAGUAGAUCAUGUCCAUCGCAAAGUUAUCUGCAUUCGUCUUUUUGCAAUCCCUCUUCAGUAUGCAGCUUAUCGUUUAUCGUGGCCUAGUAGCGAGCCGAAUUGUCGAUUACGUUUCACGUGGAUAACAAGACCACAAAUUCAUUAUUUUGGCACCGGUCUGUAUCCGGUUGAAGAAAAGAAGAACGGGGAAACAAUUAAAAUGGUA